CAAAUUUAAUUUUUUUAAAAAAAUUUAUUUAUUUUAUUUUUUUACCAUCUUGAUCUUAUUAAUAAGGUUUUAACCUCGUUACUACGUAUAGAUGGGGGACAUGGAUGAUAAUACUCAUCGACGUAUCAUCUCUCGCAAUACUCCAAAUCAACCACAUAACCAACAGUAUAAUCCUCAGUAUGGACAACAAUAUAAUCCGCAGUACGGCCAACAUUAUUGUUCGAAUGUAUCUGGGAGUUCGGAGCCUUUUACGGAAAAUAGAAAAAAAAACAUUAAUUUAAAACAAAUUAAAAGCAUCACAACUCAUUGCGCUAAAUCUUUGACUAAUAAACUUAUUACUCUGUCCAACUCUCUCACUCAUAGCAGCAGUAAUUAUUACUCCACUCAACCCAAUCCCUACGCCGUCUCGAAUCCACACUAUAACACACAUAACACACGUAGCGGACACUAUAGUACAUCACAUGGUACACCACAGGGUGGACAAUACGUUGGACAGGGACAGAGAGGAGAACAGAGUAGUCCUGCGGCACCCGUCACCGGAGGAAUUCAAUACAUUUACACAGACUUGAGACCCUCCAGUCAGUAUGGCAUAAAUAACAUAAUCAACCGAAUUACCACUACGGAUGACAUUAGGACACAUCGUGAACUCGUGAUAAUCAUUGAAUACUGUCUGAGUUUUAAGGAUUUUCUGAUUGAAAUUAACAUUGAGAAGGACCGGUUUGGAGCACCCACCAUGGAGUCAAUUAAUAAUUUCAGCAUUAUCAACGCUACAGUCCGGGAUAAGAUCAUGACAUACAUUAGAAAUAGGAAAGAUUGCUGCAUAUUUGUUAUUAAGUUUAUCACCUGGAAGAUGCGAUGCACAAAGAAACCCGAGGAAAUUAUUCUUAGUCUGGAACUGUUAUUCUCAUGUUUGAAUGAGUUUGGCGGGUAUUUUUUAGUCCUGUUUACGAAGUCUUUGAUGAAGACACUGAGGAAGUUGUUAUUUGUUACGAAUUUUAAAUCCUCCAUCACAUCAAACGUUAAAAAGAAAAUUACUAAAAUCUUAGUGGGUAAGAGUAAUUACAUUCACCCUGGGAUCUCCACUGAUAUCCGAAUCCACAUCUUCAAAUCCAAAAUUCUCUACAACAUACAACUCUACUACGAACUGUAUUUAUUUGAGCAAGACCAGUAUGUGGUAUUUUACGACGGGUAUAAGGACAUGAGACUCCGGGGCAUCAAAUUCCCCACCAUCAACGAUCAAGACAAACAACUUUUACGUCCCUCACUACCCUCUCACACUCAUACUGAGUCAGUGGGAGACUGUGUGGGUAAUGUGAUUGGGUUGGAGGAGUUGGAUGAGUUAUUGUAUAAUAUAAACAAUAACAAUUAUACUCUGGAGUAUAUAAACAGUGUGAGAAAUAAGCUAAUCACUAGUAUUAACAUUUUGUCCAACAAACCCUCACUCAACAACUAUCAAACACAACUACUCGACAAAAUACUCAAACUCAAUGACUCUCUUCUACUACUCACAACCACUAGUCCCGUUAGUGCUAACACUGAAGACACUGUGUGUCAUGUUGAUAGUGUUAACACUGUAGACCCUUUUACUACUAUGACUCCUAUGGGUAAGGAGCGAGAGGGAGAGGGAGCUAAUAAUAUAAGAGGAGAGGGAGAGAGAGAUGUAGAGGUGGACUUGGAUGAGAUAUUUAACUUUAUAAAUUUUAACGAUAAGAACGAACAACUAAUUGACGAAGACGAUGAAGAAGACGAAGAAGAACUCAUCAACAACUUCAUCAAUCUCCCCAGCUCUCCCAUAUCCCGUAAUACCAACACUGUUAACACUGUUAAUACUGUUCAUAGUGUUAAUACAGUCGAUAAUGUGGAUACUGUGGAUACUGUAGAGAAGGUAGACGAGGGAGAUAAGGUUGUCAGAGUGGAGAGUACGGAGGAUAGUGUAGAAAAGGUGGAGAAUCAACCUGAAGUUAGAGUUAGAGAGAAGAACAUAUCGGAGCUGGUGUCGGAAUUGGAUAAUUUGGAAAUGGAUUUCGGACACAUGUCCAUGAACAACUUUUAAUCCCACUCCAACACAUAAAUUAUUAUAUACAAAA